GCGCUCAUACGUGCGUUCAAAAAUCUAUUCAGAAUUAUGUUUAAUUGACCAAUCAAAAAGAGUAAAAAUUUCUUAUUUUAGACACUUUGAUGAGUUGAUUUUUGAACGCAACUUUAGAGAAACAGUAUAUAUAAAUACGAAAUUGUGCCGGGUACUGGGUAUAUAGAUUGCUAUGGAAACAGAUAUACAAAACAUGUGGCAUUCUGUGAUUAUAAUUUCCAAUAUUUGUAUCACAUACACAUCUUAUAUAUGUACAUCUGCUUUUGUCUGCUUUUGGCCAGGGGACGUGAUAAAAUGUCAAUUUAAUAAAUUAUGAAAUUGCCAAUUAUUUAAGAAUUAGGGCAAAGCAUGUGUGAAAACAUGUAAAGAUGAAAGGUCUAUUUUAAUCAAUUCUAGAUAUGUUUUAUAUAUAUUGAUAUAAUAUUACAGAUAUUAUAUCACAUAAACGAAAAAGCUGAGAUAUGUAGUUUGAUAAAUAAGCAUUAAAUAAGUUCACAAUUCUUUUUUGUACUGAAAGAUACUCAUAACAACUUGCAGUCUCUCAUGCACGGUUUAAGAGCAGACCACAAAUCUCUUGGAGGACUCGGUACGAGUCGAUGGUUGGAAGCACUUUGGGAACCAAGUGCUGGUUUAUUUGCUUUGCCAGGUGGGCUUGAUAUGUUGGAUGUAAGUGGUGAUGGAGAUGCUAGGCUUAUUUGUGCUGAUCUAGGACCAAUAGGAAAUGACUUGACAAAGAUACGAGUGUAUAAAGGAGGUGAUCAAGUAACCGAACAUAACAUGAUAGAUCCACCUUGUGGUGUGGUUGGUUUUUAUACAGAAAACGGAGAAAUUCGCUCAUCUGUAAUGGCUGUAGGAGCUGGGGCCAGUGUAUAUAUUUUUAAAAACAUGAGACCCUUUUUUAAGUAUUGUCUGCCACACAUUGAUGCUCAUCCAAAAGAACGAGAGAUUUGGCAUAAAUGUGGAUUGGACGAGGAAUUGAAUGUGCUUACGCUGGCGGACGAUUUGGAGCUAUUGCUAAAAGAACUUGGAGCAUCAUUUCUUUCACCUCGCACAUUAAAAUUUCUGUCUAUGGACAGUAAUUUACGAUUGAGCUUCGCGGAGCAGUAUAGAAGAAUUCCGCUUGUCAAAGCCAAUGCCCUAACAGCAAUUGCAAUCAUCCGGAGGGAUUCGUGGAACGACCCUGCCAGUAGUUGUUUAAUAUUAGGAACCGAGGCUGGCGAAAUUCUCAUCUUAGAUCCCAGAGCAUUUUCAAUUAUGGAUAAACAUCAAUUGGAGUGGCCACCAGUGGCAUUUGCCAGUUGUGGUUUAUGGACUGGCGAUGGUCGCAUAAUGGUCAUUGGAAGAGAUGGAAAAAUAGGAGCGAUUAGGAGGGGAAGUCCUGUGAAACUUUGGGAAACAUUGCCAGCGCCAGCAGUAGCUAUUUCCGUUCUUACUUCUGAAGGUGCGGCAGUAGCUGUUAUGGAUGGUACUUUAGUAGGAUUUUCAAAAAGGGGGAUAAAAUUAUGGUACAUCAAUAUUCCUGGCAUAAUAUUAGAUUUAGUGAGUUUACCAGUACCGCAAAGCGGACUGUCUUUAUUAGCUGUAAGCACAGCAGGCUAUGGAGUGCGCAUUUAUGACGGAAAACAUCACGUGGAUACAGUGAAGAUUAUGGAACCUGUAUCCGCUCUUAAGUAUGGACGAAUGGGACAAGAAGAACGAACAAUAGCUAUGAUUACUGUCGGCGGUGGCUUAUGUAUGAAGAUUUUAAAACGCACUGCUGAUUUCAAUGUGAACAAUUCAAUAUCGAAUUCGUUAUCAUGCAAUACAUCGAAGUUCUCGAUACCGAAGAAAACACGAUUAUUCGUCGAUCAAACGAUAAGGGAGAGGGCCGAGGCGAAAAAAAUUCAUAACACCUUUCAGCAAGGCUUUCUUCGUUUACGCUUAACAACCGCUAAACGAGCAUUCGAAAAUUUAAGCGAAAAUCAAGCAGCAGGACCGAAUCCUAUUACAUUAGAGGCAAAUGUCCUCGGUUUGGGUCCCAAUUACAUGAUUCGCAUUCUAGUGACAAAUAUCUCUGAAGGUUUAUCCUACACAGAAUUAUAUAUUCUUUGCAGAUCCGAGGAUACCGAUGUGAAUCCUUGUGUGAUAAACUUGCCUUUGCUACCGAGUGCUAUACCCAUACCUUUAACCGUUAGCGCAAACUUAAGAGGUCAAAUAUCGGGGAAGAUUAAAAUAUUACUGUGCAAGAAAUCAAAUCCAAAACCUUUAGGGAUAACGACUGUAAUAUUGCCAGCUGCUGAGGAAGAUUUUGAAAUCUGAAGAAUACAUUUAUCUAAAUUUUUUAAAUGAAAAUUAUGUCAUUCUAUGUUAGAUUUAUCACUUUUUAGAAUAGAAAAUUUGUCUUUGAUGCCUUUGGUUGCAUGUCCAUAUCAAUGAUCCAUACUGAUCUAUACAUGAUUUAAAAACUUUAGAAAUACCAAUAAAAAAUAAAUCUUAUUAUUUUCUU